AUGCAGACGAGAAGUGUUCAAGUGAAGAAUGUCUCAGAUCUAGCCACUGAGAGAGAGAUUCACGAGUUUUUCUCUUUUUCAGGCGUCAUUGAGCGUAUUCAGAUUCUCAAAGAAUCUGACCACUCUAGAGUCGCAUUUGUUACGUUUACUGAUCCUAAAGCCCUAGAAAUUGCUCUCUUAUUAUCGGGUGCUACAAUUGUAGACCAGAUUGUUACAAUAACUCCAGCUGAUGACUACGUUCCUAGGCGUGAGAUGCAGGAAGUAAGGAUGGUCGAUAAUGCGAUGCUCCCGGCUCUUCCAGAGACUAGUACACCAAUACGCCAGACCGCGGAUGGCAAUGGUAGAGCAUAUGUUAGCAAAGCGCAAGAUGUGGUGGCUACUGUUUUGGCAAAAGGUUCUGCUUUUGGACAAGAUGCAGUGAAUAAAGCCAAGGCUUUUGAUGAAAAGCACCAACUAAGAGCCAAUGCUUCUGCCAAAGUUUCAUCUUUUGAUAAGAGAGUUCGGCUUUCCGAGAAGUUGAAUGUAGGUAUUUCUGCCGUUAAUGAGAAAGUAAAAUCAGUCGAUCAGAAGCUUCAGGUUUCCGAUAAAACCAUGGCAGCAAUAUUUGCAGCUGAGAAGAAGUUAAACGACACAGGUUCAGCUGUCAAAUCAAGCAGGUAUGUGACUGCUGGAGCUGCUUGGUUUAGUGGCGCUUUCAGCAAAGUUGCGAGAGUAGGUCAGAUUGCUGGCUCGAAAACGAAAGAGAAGUUUAAUCUGGCCGUCUCAAAUAUGGCUUCCAAGGAUACACCGAUUGCUGUAUAA